AUGCCUCAACUCUUGGAAGUAACGGAAUAUGACGUUAUUAUCCUUGGAACAGGUUAUAUAGAGAUCGGAAAGUCUGUUUUACAUUUAGAUUCAAACAACUUUUAUGGUGGAAAUUGGAGUUCUCUUAAUUUCAGAGAUCUUUUAGAAUGGACUCGCUCUAUUCAAGGUAUUGAAGGCAAAAAAGCCUUGGUGACUAAUUUUACAAAGGUUCGACAACAAGCAUAUUCUACAAUUGAAUAUGAAAUUUAUACAAUUCCUAAACAAGUGGAUGAUAUUCCUCUGGUAGAAAAUGAAGAUUCAGAAACCGAUCCAAAGAUAGAAAAUUAUGAUGCUUUAGCAAGAUUUUUAUUGACCUCUGAAGAAUACGAACAAAGUGAUGCUAUUGCAAACGUGAUUACUGAACAGUUCAAAUCAAAAAUUCUUGUUAGGACACGAGAAAAUGAAGAGGCCAUUGCUAUUGAAUCUUCUCGUCUUGCACAACUUCUUCAAAUGCAUAAAAGAUCUGAAAACAUGUCAGAAGAAACUUUACCUAUUUUAUUAAAAGAGUCAAAACGAUACAACUUGGAUUUGGCACCAAAAUUUGUAUCUUGUCGUGGAGAGCUUAUUGAACUCUUGAUUAGCUCUGGAGUUGCAAGAUAUUUGGAAUUUAAAGCAAUGGAUAAGACUUAUAUCUAUUCUAUAGAUGCGUUUGAUAAGAAAUUCAAAAUUGAUGGAAAAUUAUUGAUGGCUGUCUUAUACGCGAUUGCUUUGAUUCGUACCAAUGCAAAUGAUGGUUUGGAAAAAACACAGAGAUAUCUUAGAUCACUUGGUAGAUAUGGUAAUACUGCAUUUUUAGUUGGUUUAUAUGGUUGUGGUAGCGAAAUAGCACAAGGAUUUUCUGCUUCAUCUAUUUCUUCAGAAGUACCCGAGAAUAUCAUUCUUGCAGGAGAUCCAGAUUCUUCACUAGAUUUUGAGGAAGCUACUAUUCAAGCAAGACAGUUUUUCGAGAAGAUGUGCCCUGGUGAGGAAUUUUUACCUGCAGGGCCCGAUCCUGAUGAGGAAGAGUUUUUUGUUUAA